UCUGGAGUGCUGGACAAGUCGGGAAACUUACGCCAAGAUGCAACGAGCUUUGGCCGUCAUCUUCUUCUUGGCCGUCUUCUUCCAUCAGUCGCUGGCGCAAUGCAAUUCCACGAAUUGCGUUGGCCCCGCCUGUAGGUGUAUGUCUACCUCUAUACCAGGCGGCUUGACUAAGGCGAACACACCCCAGUUGGUGUUCCUGUCCUUUGAUGGCGCUGUGACGACGAGCAAUUACGACAAUUACACCUAUCUACUGAAUAAUCGGAUGAAUCCCAAUGGAUGUCCAAUUGGUAUGACUUUCUUCAUCUAUCACGAGUACAACGACUACACGCUGACUCACAGUCUCUACUACAAGAGGCAGGAAAUCGCUACGCACAGCCUGUCGCAUCGAACUCCGCAAGAAGUUUGGGCUAGCAAGACGGCCAGCGAAUGGGUCGAUGAAAUUGGUGGAAUGAAGGACGCCCUUGCCAAAUUCGCUAACAUCCCGAAGGCACCGAUCCGUGGCUCGAGAGCUCCGUUCUUGCAGACCAGCGGAGAUAAUACGUUUUCUGCUAUGAAGACACUGAACAUGUUCUACGAUUCUUCUUUACCAACUACAGAGUUUACUGACCCUCCCGUUUGGCCUUACACCUUGGAUCAAGGAUUUCAACACGAUUGCCUGAUUCCACCGUGCCCGAGUAGUAAAUAUGCUGGUAUUUGGACAGUUCCUGUGAUCACUUUGGAGAACAAUGGCACUAGGUGCAACACCGUGGAAGCCUGCCCACAGCCAAAGACGUUGGAAGAAACCUUCCAGUUUUUGAAGAGAAACUUCGAACGCCAUUAUAACACUAGCAAGGCUCCCUUCGGUGUCUAUUCGAACAACAACGGCUGGUUCCAAUCAGCGGAUUUCCGUCUGCAAGGUUACAAGAAGUUCCUCGAUUAUUUGUCAAGCAAAGAGGACGUCUACAUUGUGCCCCUAGGAAGGGGGCUCGAUUGGAUGAAGGAUCCCAAGCCAUUGACUGAAGCUGGAAACUUCUUCAGUUGCCCCGCUAUGACACAGACGGCUUGUCAACCUGUUUCGUGUUAUUACGACGGUGAGGCGUCUGCCAUCGGACCGCGAAUCAUGAAAAGUUGCGUCACAUGCCCGGACGUUUACCCUUGGACCGGCAAUCCUCUCGGUAUCGCUUAAAUUUGUUCUAUGGUCGACACACACCUUUAUGAUUUAGUCGAUGUCGAUCGUACGGACGCAAUGCACAGCUUAGUUUUAUGUUAGUUUUGAGCUCAAAGAAAAUGUUCGCAUUUUCUGGCGAAACAAAUUUGAACGCUAUUCGGUUAUAACAUAACGUAUUAUAUGUAUGUGCGCUGUCGAAUUAGCGGAUUAGACAUAUGCAAUAAAAUAAAUAUUGGAUACCUUUCA